AUGUUAAUGAACUUGAGUAUACUUACUGUAUUUUUACUUUUCAGUUUUAAGACGAAUUCAUCUGAUCCUAUACCUGGUUAUCUCUCAUUAAUUAGUUGUGAAUCUGGUAAACUGGUUUUACUCAAAUGGACACCAAAUUCAGCUGUAACAAAUCAAUACAAUUUGUCACCAUUAUCACUAACAAACACUAUCAACAAUAACAGUAAUAAUACUAAUCUAUAUUCUUCUACAGAUUCUUUAAUCGAUUCAAGACUUGACAUUGAUAGUAUUGAAGAUAAAGAGACUUACUGGGGUUAUGCAAUAAAAAUAAAAAUGGAUGAUAUUGUCUAUGCUCAUUAUCAUGAAUCUAGUGAUCAAUACAUAAUGACAUUGAUUCGUAAUGAUGGAAUUCAACUUGCACCAUUUCAUUUUUAUGCUCAAAGUCAUAUUGUUACACUAUUAAAUUGUUUAGAACAAGGCUUUAAAAAAUCUGGUGGUUAUUUGGAUCCAUCUCCUAAUAUAUCAGAUACUUCAUCAGCUUGUAUUCCGUCUAGUUUCAAUAAAUCAUAUCGUCCAUCAAUGCCCUUCAUAUUUGCAAAUCGUAAUUCCCUACUGCCUUCCAGUACAAAUAAUAAGUUGGAUUCUACAGUAUCACAUGCUUCAUCACCAUUGUUGCAGACCAGUUUAUCUCCUCUUCUCAAAUCUUCUAAAUUAGAACAGUCUAUACCAAUAACUUCAAGUAAUCAUAUAACAAUAGUCAGUGGUGGAGGAGCAGGAGGCAUUAAACAACGUUUUUACAUGAAUUUUCUGAAAGCAUUUAGUCAUCCUGAUGAAAUGAAUAAUGAAGGCAUACAGAAGACUAAUAUAUCACAGUCUAUUGACUUGUCAGCUGAAAGAUAUCCAGUUCAACAUGUCUAUCAUAUUGUAUCGAAAUGUAAUGAGAUUCGUACAGUGGUCUCACCAAGAAGUAAAACGUCUCCUAUAGGAUUUGGAUUUAAUAAAGUUUCUGCAUUGUCGAAUAAAGUGUCUUUGGAAGGUAUUUCAGAAGAAAAUAUGCCUAAUUUAGAUGAUAUAACAGUACAGUUAGCUGAGGAUAACUCUUCAAAUCAACAUAUAUGCACAAAGUUAAGAAUUAAAAUUUUAUCACAUCUAUUUCAUAAAUGGUAUAAUUACUUCAACAAAAUUCAAAUAGUACGGAAAAAGUUAUCCGAUCUUGUUUCAAGUAACCUACUGACUGUAGACAGUCCAACUAAUGCUGAAGAAGGCGUAACUAUCAAUCUCUGGAAUCAGUUAAUAACAAAUUCUAUUCCAAAAAUUACAUUCAGCGAAUUUUGUCGACAUAUCUAUUUUGGUAAUUGUGAUCCAACAAUUAGAAAUCAGGUAUGGCCGUACUUAUUGGGUUUAUAUCCAUGGGAUUCAACAGAUGACCAAGUGAGAGGAAUCAAUGAACAACAAAACCAUAUAUACACAAAUGCAUUAAUGACAUGGAAUCGUGUUGUAGACUGUUUACAAAAAGAUGUAAAAUAUGCGAAUUUCUUAUCUAUAAUACCAACUAAAUCUUCAACGGAUACAAAAAUAUCUGAGAGUAGUGAAGAGAUUUCAACAAAAGAAUCGAAUGACUCGGAGAUUGAUGAUACUUCGAAAGUGCAAUCGAUGAAUGGCGGAGUUACUGGUGAAUCUAAACCAGUUAAUAUCCAUCCAUCGGAAACGAAUGAAACUCCUGUGUAUCAUAUUCAAACUCCUGAAUUAACAGAAUCACAUAGUCGGACAGUCUCCGUUGAUUCAACAUCAAAUGUUGGUGAAACUAAAAAUCCACCAAGUGAAAAACAGUGCGAAUUUUCGCCAGAUACUUUGGAGGCAUUCGCUGAUAAUUUAUAUCGAAUUGAUAAAGAUGUUUCAAGAUGUGACAGAAAUCAUGUCUUCUUUAUGACACCGUUUAAAGGAGAUUCAAAGUCAUCUCCACGUGAUCAUGCUGAACUAAACUCUAAUCUAUACAAAUUACGCAAUAUAAUAUCAACAUGGGUAUGGUUAAAUUUAGAUGUUGGUUAUAUUCAAGGCAUGUGUGAUUUGUUAGCUCCAAUCUUAAUUAUCAUGGAAGAUGAGGUGAUUUCAUUCGCUUGUUUUACCUGUCUAAUGAAAUGGAUGCUACCAAAUUUUCCACUGGUGAAAGAGUCAUCUAUAUCAAAAUCUUCUGGAUCAUCAUCAUCAUCAUCGCCAUCAGUAAUGACAUCUUCAAUAAUCAACGAUAUACCGACAACAUUAACUUCAAAUGACACCGGGAUGAAUCGUAAAACGUUGUUACAAUUAGCUGUCAAGGCAGCUAAACGUCGUACUACUUCAACACACAUUAGAGAAAGUGGUGUAGACAAUAGUUAUGCUGGUAAACACUUCCCCGUUGAUACUAAUCUACGUUGUACAAGUAAAUUGAAAGAAGAAGCGACAUUACAAGAAUCUACUAAGCGAUCAGAUGCUAUUCAACAAGAAAUCAUUGAAUUCACAUCAAGUGUCAUUUCUCCGUAUGAAAGAGUAUUGCUAAAUUCCACAGGAUUACCAAUGUCAUGUAUGGAUAUGCGAUUUUCUUUUCUCCAGUCCUUAAUAGAGAUUUUUGAUCCAGAAAUGAAUCAGCACUUAUCUAAAAAAGUACCUGACGGACAAUUAUUCUUUGCAUAUCGUUGGCUUCUGUUAGAUUUUAAACGAGAAUUGAAAUAUGAUGAUAUCUUUCCUGUAUGGGAAACAAUAUGGGCAUCACGUAGACUUGUAUCCUAUGAUUUUGGUAUAUUUUUCGCUUUGGCCUUACUUGAAUAUUAUCGUGAUAUUGUUAUCUAUUAUAAUAUGGAUGUAACAGAGAUUAUAAGAUUCUAUAAUGAAUUAACAGAGCAACAUGAUGCAAUCACAUUAGUGGAAUUGGCACGUAGUUAUGUCUUUCAAUUACAACAUUUAAUGAAAGACAUGUAG